GCCGACUGCAGUAGGAAACCACAGAAGAAGAAGUAUGUGUUGUUUUUCGUGUUGUUUGCAAAAAUCCGUGAAGGGAGAUCAGUAGCGGCGGGGCUGCAGCGGUGACUCCGGUGAACCGGCAGGAGGAGACUCUGCCUUCCUCGUCCCCCGGGCACAGUUCUCUCCACACUGUCCCAUUGUCACCGUCCGCGGCUCCCGUUGUGCUCGCCUCUGCGCCCCCGUUUCCUUUCCCUCCGUUUUCCUUCAUCUGGGGGUGAAAAAAAAAAAACAAGCUACGGCAUUUCUGUCGCUUGCAUCCCGGCUCUCCAUCAACUCGCCCUGUCCACACAGCGACACCUCGGAGUGGAGCAGUCGACCGCCUCAUCCAUGCAUCGGAGUCCCGGGCCCCAGCGCACCGGCUCCGGCUCCGGCCAUGUCGGCCAGGAAUGCAUCGGCUGGUGGCGGUGACAGAUCGGGACGCGGCGAACCACCGGCAGAGGAUGUGCUGGUUGAGGAAAACCAAAGCAGUUCUGUCUCUCUGUCCAGCCUCAUGACCUCUUCCUCAGCUGCCGGCAUGUCCCUGAGCAUAGAGCUGCCCCGGAAGCGCAAGGGCAGCAUGGACAACCAGGAUUCAAAAUCUGCUUCCAUCCCUGAUGCAGAUAUGGAAGACGACCAAGACGGGUCAGACGGAGAUGACCAACAUGUUAAGAUGAAAUGCAUCAGGGAACCACACAGCCAAAUUGAGAAGAGGAGACGGGACAAAAUGAACAACCUCAUUGACAAACUAUCAGCCAUGAUCCCCACUUGUAACCCCAUGUCUCGUAAGCUGGACAAACUCACUGUGCUCAGAAUGGCAGUGCAGCACCUCAAAUCUCUCAAAGGUUCAGCAAGCUCCUUUUCUGAAGCUAGUUAUAAGCCGUCAUUCCUUCCUAAUGAGGAUCUCAAACAUCUUAUUCUCAAGGCGGCAGAUGGGUUCCUGUUUGUAGUGGGAUGUGAUCGUGGAAAAAUAGUUUUUGUCUCAGAGUCCGUCACGAAGAUAUUAAAUUAUAGUCGGGCGGAGCUGAUUGGACAGAGCCUGUUUGAUUACAUACAUCCUAAGGACAUGGGAAAAGUGAAGGAGCAGCUGUCGGCUUCUGAAUUAUACCCUCGUGAACGUCUAAUAGAUGCUAAAACCGGUCUGCAGGUCCAGGCUGACCUCCCAGUCGGUGGAGCACGAUUGUGUUCAGGCGCGCGGCGCUCUUUCUUCUGCCGCAUGAAGUACAACAAAAUUUCUGUGAAAGUGGAGGAGACGGAAUUCCAGGCCACCUCCUCCAAAAAGAAAGAGUCGCAGAAGUACUGCACAGUUCACUGUUCAGGCUACAUGCGCAGCUGGCCGACCAGUCAGUUGGGAGCAGAGGGGGAGGGCGAGGCGGACAAGCAGGAUGGUUCCCACUUCAGCUGCCUGGUGGCGGUGGGACGGGUCCACUCUCACUCAUCUCCCCAGGUUAACGGAGAAGUCAGAGUUAAACCCACAGAGUUCACCACUCGCCACGCCGUGGAUGGAAAAUUCACAUUUGUCGAUCAAAGAGCUACGACCAUUCUUGGUUAUCUUCCCCAAGAACUGCUUGGGACAUCGUGCUACGAGUACUUCCACCAAGACGACUUACCACAUUUAGCUGAAAGACAUCGAAAAGUGCUGCGGAGUAAAGAGAAAAUUGAGACAAACUUUUAUAAGUUCAAAACAAAAUCUGGCUCUUUCGUCACUCUGCAAAGUCAGUGGUUUAGUUUUGUAAAUCCCUGGACCAAAGAAGUAGAAUACAUAGUGUCAACAAACACAGUCAUAUCUCAAGCCAGUCGGUCGGGAAACAAGUCCGAACAGUCGAGCAAUUCCAAGACUUCUGAAGUUGGCAAGAGGUCCCUUCCAAUUAUACCAGGCAUCUCCACCAAACCUGGAAGUAUGAUUUUUGCUGGAAGCAUAGGGACUCAGAUUGCCAACGAGCUGCUGGAUUUCAACAGGAUGAACUCAUCACCUUCCAGUGGAAACGUCAGCCCGUUCAGUUUACCACAGGAUAAGUCUCCACAAACUCUCAAUCAACUCAGCAACAAUGUGCCAAAUGGAGAGGUUACAGAUAUGGAGAUAGCAGGAAAGUCCAGCUCAGAGGAUGAGCCUCAGGGAGCUGCAUUCUCAGGCGGAGAAACACUCCUGGGGGACCAUUCCCAGCUGGAUUUGGACACUGUUGUUGGACCAGGCCUUAGCAGCCUUGGCAACGAUGAAGCUGCCAUGGCAGUGAUUAUGAGCCUGCUGGAGACGGACACUGGCUUGGGCGAGGCCGUGGACUUUGAAGAGAUGCACUGGUCUUUAUAGAAUCUGCUCUGACAGUGUGACGCUGCAGCACACUGAAAAACACUUUGGCCAUCAGUUUUUUUGAUGGGGAGAACUGCUUACUCCAAGACGCCGCAUUCGGCUUUUAAAGACUUUUAUUUAUUAGCUACAUUUUUUCCACAUAAGCUGUGUAGUCCUCGGGUGGCUGCUCUGACAUGAGCAGGAUCGACGACAACAAGGGAAACGUGUUUCCCCUCUUCAGAAGGAGGAUUUGCCUCUAAAGCCUUACAGCAAAUCUGCCUGCCCUGAAACGCUGUUCCUCAUCGCUUUCCUCACACCUACUGUCAGCCUCUGUUUGACUGAAGAGGCAUCACAAGGAUAGAGAACCCAUGAACUCAAAUGGCGUACAUCUUAAAGGCCUGGGGAGUCCUGCUUGUACUCCUCUCCUCCACCAAUAUUUGAUCAAAGGUUGGAAAUGACUUAGCAAAAAAAAGAAAUGCACUGAAUCGACUUCGUGUUUUUUAAAAGGUUGUAAUUUGGUACUGUUGGUUUAAUUAAAAUUCAAGGAAGACACCUUGAUGACGUGGCCCAUCUCUGUGACCCCUCCCCCCCUCAGGAUCCAAACCGUGGUAGGCAGUGUACCACAGAAGACCACACUUCCACAACCUCUAACUUUGAGAGUCACCAAAUGAUGUGCUUCUCAGAGAUUUUUCUCCUCUUGUCAGUAUCUGAACAUUUUCCAUGAAAGCGGUCCAUUAACCUCCCCCUUUUGUACACUGACUUGAACAAUUCUGUAUUUAUAUAUAAACAUAUAUAUAUAUGUACAUUUGGUUUUAUUACUAACACCAUGUCUUCAGGCCAACUCUGUCUUAACGGGAUAGUUUGCAUAGGAUGAAUAUUUCAAAAUGUUAGUAUGUAUACUUAUAGACUGCCCUGGAUUCUACAUGCCCUAGCUCGGAAAGAAUUUGUUAUAGAGCAGCAGCAGCAGUUGGUGGCGGGCCAUUUAUUACCUCCUAUAGGUUUAAUAGGAGCGCUACAAUUCUACUUCAAUGCAAAGUGAGACGGCACUUUAGAGGUGCUGAAAUGGGUGUUUUGUGGCGGAGGCUGAAAAGCAAAACCCAUUUCAGGUUGAGUCUAAUAGGAGAAGUCAUAACUCAGGGAGCGAUGGAUGCAAAGCCGCCCUAUAUAAUCAUAAAAUAAUUCUUUAUAAGUGUAGCAGUGUUUUGUCCUCCAGUUUAUGUCUUACCUUCUUUAAUGUACGUUGGUGUGUGGUGUAACGAGUCUGUACCUGUUCACCUGUACGUCUGUUCUGACACUUACUGUCUGCUUGACACUCUUGCAGGUAAACCAUAGUUUUAGGAGAUUAUGCACUGACUGUCUUUCAAAAGACAUGGUUAUGUUUAAUGUGCUAGUCAGAGGCACACGGUGUUGUCAUGCACAUGCAUACAUUUCUGGGAUUAUGCUCUGCAGAGCUUUCAUUCCAUGAUUUGUAAACUUGUCUCUCCAUGUAACGAUCACUCUCAUAUCAUGCAUGACCUCGAAAAAAAACCCCAAACCUCCAGAGAUACUGACGACUGAUGGAGCUCAUCUAAAGUUCUCUUUCGCUCCCUGCUUUCAAUUGUACAUCUUAGAUUUUUCAACAUUGACAGCCAUUACGUUAUGGCCCAUAUGUUGGUGAUCAUGUGGCAGCGAGUUGGCCUCAUGUGCUAAUCAUAAAGUAAAAUAUCAAUUUACGGAAAUAUGUCAAAUUAUUGUCAGUGACAUUUGAAAAAUGUAGGCACUUGGAUUAACAUCUUCUAUUUCAAGUUAUUACUCAAUAUUUUCUAGUCUACAAACUAUAAAGUCAAGAAAAUAAGAUCAAUUGAGAUUCAGUUGAAUGAUAUCUUUGGUGACAUUGGUUUCUGGGCUUAUUGAGUGUUGUUUGUUACAUCUAUCAGAUCACAUUUGUUUUACCAGAGUGAACCCUGCUUGAGUAAAGUGAAAGUCGGAGUCAGUACAUUGUAACGGUUUUAUUUUUGUCCAAGAUACUUAAUAGCAUUUUUUGGUCAGAAGUGUUUAAACUGUGUAUGCGUUAACCCUUUGUCAUUACUACCUGAACCAAUCAGUCCGAACAUAGCAGUCGUGUAACUGUCCACAUGAACAUUAUAUGGAACUGUGUACCUUGUAUGCCAUACCAUUGUUCAUAUUGGUAACACACUUUAUAUUCAUCCUUUGUGGACUGUUGAGGAAUUUCCAAUAAGAACUCUGGUUUGGAGGACAGAAGUGGUGGCUGUGGACGAUGAACAAUACUGACUGUUCUCUCUGAUGCUUGAAUUACGAGGAGCUGGCGGACGGAGCAGCCAAACUCACGAGGUUCGAAGUGCCUUGGGACAUUUCUGCUCGGCCACACAAUAAAACCUGUUGCUGCUGGAGAUCACCUCCCACCUGGCGCCGUGGCGGACUAAAAGGAGGGCUCAAAAUGUAUGAUGGGAUUCACUUGAUGCAACGCCGCGUACUCAUGAAUGAAGUGGAAUCGUGUUCACAGAUGAAACGGGAGCUGCACGCGUUGGCUUCAGCACUCGAUACCUAACCAAACAACCAGAGCUAUGGAGUUGUGCCAUAGACACAGGCUGGUCCUUUUUUUAAAGGCAAAAGGUCUGUUUUGUAUUAUCAUUGUGGGGUUUUUUUUGUCUCCUCUUGUUCUUGUUCAAUCAUUGCACUGUUGUAACUGUAAUUUACCCUCAAGCAUUCUGUCGUGGCCUGAGUGAUAAACUUGGCAGAGGUCACACAUUUUGCUUCAUGUCUCCACUUGAAAUUAAAACUAGACGUUGUAAGCAAGGGAACGUAGUGUUUCGAUUUCGUGCCCUGCUCCGUGUCUAGUUCGGUUGCAUGCAGUUCUUGAAACAUUUAUUGUAAUUUUUUUUUUAUAUUUUUGCAUCAUUAGACUUGGGAAGGACCUUCACAGGAAGAAAGACCUCAACAUUUGGGCUUAUUGUUAGGCGGUUGGGAGUUUAUUACUGCCUCCAUUGUAUCACUUUCUGCCAUUCUAUAAGUUCAAUCUUGUUUGAUUUGUGGGCUACAGAGGAAGCACUUACUGUAUUUGUUUAUUACAUUAUUGCUGCUACUUUCUACAUGCCUAGGCUUUCUUCCCAGGUUGUCAUGUUGUUAAUAAAUAUUACUUUCCUAAACCCUCAA